GCCAGUCGAUCAGCAGCGUCGCGCGCCGCCACAGGCCGACGCCGACGGCACACCAAAAACAUUACAGCCGCCGCGGCAGUUACUCCGACAUAGCCUAACCACCUGUUCAUAUUCCAUACAACCAUUCCUAAACACAGUUUCUACAGUGCUAGUGUAUGUGAUCAGCUGAUCAGGUGUAACUCUAUUCACCUGGGCAUCGGUACGGAAACAAGUGAAGUGUUACAAAACAAUCAGUGAAAAGUAAUGUUCAGUGGUUAAAUAUACAAACAAAUAAAUAAACAAAAAGCAAAACAAAGAUGUCUAUCGAAACACAAGAAUAUGUGAAUGGCAUGAGGCCGGGACCUCUAACGAGGGAGAUCCCGGAAUGUAUGAGGGAUAAAUACACCGUCGUGCAAGCGAUUAUAGACAUUAUAAUGUUUGUCAUCGUCGGCAUUGGUUACGUGAUAAAGGCUGUUUACUUGAGUAUUGUUGGUCGACCGAAAAAGGACCUUAAGGGUGCUGUUGCCGUGGUGACGGGCGGCGGUGGCGGUCUGGGGAGCCUUAUUGCUCUAAGACUGGCUCGCCUCGGCUGCACCGUCGUGUUAUGGGACAUCAACAAACAAGGUUUGGAAGACACAGUCAAGCUGGUGAAGGGCAUCGGUGGCAAAUGCUACGGGUACGUGGUAGACUUGGCCAGCAAGGAAGAUAUCUACAGGGUAGCUAAGAAAGUUGAAGAAGAAGUCGGCAGGGUAAACUUGCUGAUCAACAACGCUGGUGUCGUGUCCGGGAGUUACCUUCUCGAGACUCCUGACCAUCUUAUACAACGGACAUUUGACGUCAAUAUCUUGGCACAUUUUUGGACUGUAAAAGCGUUCCUGCCAGCAAUGAUGGAACACAACAGUGGGCACAUAGUGACCAUUGCUUCAAUGGCUGGCCAUGUUGGAGUAGCUAAGCUGGUAGACUAUUGCUCUUCCAAGGCCGCUGCCUGUGGCUUCGAUGAAGCUUUGCGAUUGGAGCUGGAAACACAAGGCUAUACUGGAGUUAAAACCUCGCUAAUAUGCCCAUAUUUUAUACGUUCGACUGGCAUGUUUGAAGAGGUCAAUUCUAGAUUUGUACCCCAACUGAACUCAAACGACGUGGCUGACCGUGUGGUAAUGGCGAUUCGCACCGACGAGCCCUUCGCGCUCAUUCCUGGUUUCUUCCGCGUCUUGCUGCCGUUCAAGCUGCUGGUUCCAUGGCCAUGUAUGUCAGAGUUGAUCCGAAAACUAGUUCCCGAUGCAGUGCCAGUGCCAGUACAUCCAGCACGUCCAGCGACUGAUGCCAAAGUACCUUCCAAGCCGGUUCAGCUGGAAGCCAAGCAUGGUGCUCCCGGCCCUAUGACUGUGAUGCCUCCCGCACGACACGACCGACAAGUGUGACGUCAUCAUGCACUGUUGUAGAUAUACUAAUAUGAGGCGAAAGGCUUGGCCCAGACUCAGUAUAGACUCAAUAUUCAUAUUUUACGAAAUAGCCAAAUAUUUUCUAUCGAAUUCGUUUUCUAACAAUACAACAUGUUAAGUCACUUAGGAAUUUAAAAUAAACCAUUUGGCCAAGCCUCUCGUGCCUCUUUGUUUAACGAAAACAGGUUAACAGUUACGGCUAGUUGAUAUGAGAUUACAUGUACAACAUACUAUUACUUAUAAUAAGAUAUUUCUUUGACACUGUGUUCAGCAAAGCAUGUGUAUAAUCUUUGACUGCUGUAUUGCCUUUUAUAGUAAAUUGAUAUCAACGGGGCCUUAUAUGUAUAAAAAGUCGUUUAAAGAGCUAUUGAACGAAUUUCUCUAGGAAAUUAAAAGGUUUUAAAGCUAAAUUAGGUAUAGCUUGCCUGGUAUUUUGUAUGUAGCUAUCCUACAACCAACAGCUAAACUCGUUUUACUUCUGGUUUUAGUACAAACUUUAUCAGUACUGUAUCCAAAAGCUGGAUGGCCGUAUUGAUGUGAUCAUAUUUAAAGGAGUCUUGGUACGCAUAUAUUUUGUGUUACUGGAAAACAUUUGUGUUACUGGAUCAGAACAACAAAAGAUUGAAAAAAAUAUAUUUCGUUUUUGAGAGUACCUACUUAUAUCAUAUUUUGUUAUGAGUCUCAAAUUAAGGCUGAGUCCGUAUUUGUUUCGUACGCGGCUGAUUCCGCUUUCGCGAGGCACCGUGACUCAAGACUCUGCCUAAAAGUUAUACGAUAUAAUGUGUACCCAACUCCUUGAAUCUAUCGAACAAUAAAAAUCCACAAACAUCCAAAUUGUGCAUUUAUUAUAUUUAUGUUUAUUGAUGGAAAUAGCCUUGAAACGGAUAGACACUAUCUUAUGCAGAUUUCUUACAUGUAAAUGUGCGAAACGCGAACAUCGGCUGCUUGUAUUGUAAAGCAAGUCAAAAAGAAAAUCAAGAUUUGUUUGUAUUAUUUUUUUAUUAUUAUUAUCGUGUGAAUUAAAGAUAUUGGUUGGAUAUGUUAUAAAAUCACGACCCCAUUAGCUCUUAUACCUCUUUACUUCAUCAGUAUAAGCAUUUGAUUAUGCUGUUAUCAUGUAUUAAAUGUCAUACACUAACUUUUAACAUAAUUCAAAAAACAACCACAAAUUGAUUUCCUCCAGCUACUUACAAAUAUUAUUUCGAACUUAAUAAUUAUGUACAUAGGUACCUAUAUAUAAUUAUUAUUUUUAUAAGAAUUAGUUGUGUACGGAAACCUGUGGUACUUAGUCAAACUAAGGUAUUAAAAUAAGAUAAUUCUGGAUGUGAUUUUAUGGAUAAGAUUAAAGAAUUUUGUACGGCUACUUAAUAUUAGUUGUUAUGAACUGGUUUGCUAAAAAUCUAAAUUUAUAUGAAAAUGUUAUUUCAAAAUUAUGUAUAAAUGUUGUGAAAUACAUCCUGUACUUACAAGUAUACCUCUUAUAAAUUAAGUUUUCUUGUAAUUUAUGUUUAAGUAAAUAACGGAGUGGGUGAUAAUGUAGAGCUAAGAUUAUGUAAAUAUGUUUAGUUACGAUUUAGUCUUCCAAGCAACAGUGCUAGGGUAAACUAGACCUAAAAAGAUAAAAUACUUAUUUCAUUAACAUUUUGAAUGCCAUGUCUGUGUAGAUACUGUUAGCAAACGUAUACUAGCGAAUCGAAGGAUUUACCUACCUUCAACAGUUUUAACGCGGCGAUUAAUGUGUUAAAGUUUAUAUUGUAAAAUAUAUUCAUCCUAAACGUGCUGUGGAGUACCUACAUAAAAUAUGCCUUAUAAAUGUAUAAAGGUUUAACACGACUUUAAAGCUACAUAUAAAUAGAAUACGGUCUAAUUUACCCUGAACACAAAGACACGUUGUAUGGUACUUAUUUUUUACCAAUCUCGCUGUGGUGGAAGUGGCAUGCAUUCAUUUGUACUCAUUCUGAUCUUUACAAAAAUAUUGAAAAAAGAACAAACUAAGAUUUAUAUGGAUGCGUCGAAUUUUAAUAAAACCAUGAAAAUGUUAA